AUGUUGCCAGAAGAUCGUGCAUCAUCUCGACGUGUUUUGGAUGUUCCUGAAGCUCUGGAUACUUUAGAACGUUGCUAUCGUCUUCUAGCAUCUGCCAGACCAACCCGCACUCCACUUUCAGCAUCUUCUAACAGAUCAACGCCACCACUUGUGUUAGGCAGAUUUCUCAAAAGACCCAUUUUCGACAUAAUUAAGUACAGGAUUACAAGACUUGAUCACGACCUCUUUGAUGUUAUUUGGCCAGCAGUCAAAAAACUACCAGACAAUAGAAAUAUAGUUCAAACUGUCGAGGAAGAUUUUCCUGGUGGAAUAACGGCACCUGACUACUACGUUUAUGACGUUUUUCACGAAUUUUUGACACCACUAUUAAAAGACCUUCACAAUAUCAACAUUCAUUCCGAUUUGCCUUUGCACCCGCCGACCGAUUUCGAUAAGCAUAAACCUCUCACGAAAUCUGCAGAGCCCAUAGUAGAAUUAAAUGUUGAUCCAAGUGAUGAAUUUGUAUUAUCAGGAGUAAUAGAAUGUUCACGCAAUUUGGAUGGUUUUGAGUUACCUUUAAACCUGAAAAUAGGACAGUUAGAGACCAUCGAAAGAAUCGUUACGACAAUAUUGAUGCAAGAAGACUUCUCAAAAUACAGCGAGCAGAACAAUCCUGAAUCCGAUCAAAAGGGAGGAAAUUAUUACACACUGAAUGAAGUCUUAGAGAAGCCAUCAGAAAUAUGUGCGGCAUUAGCUUCGUCCGGUCUUUUAAUAGCCCUUUGUGAUAGAGACGAAAUCGAUGACUGCACUCGUCUCCACGGUACACACUGGCCAUAUGGUCGAGGUGUGUUUGUUAACGACGACAAAACGGUAGCUGUUUGGAUAAACGUACAUGAUCACGUACGUGUGUUAGUGUCCACACCGGCCGAUGCUCCGGGAGAACUUGGUUUACCUUUUAGUAAAAUAACACAUAUCAUGACUUACCUACACGAGCGACUAGAUUUUGUCUGGGAUUAUAAGCUUGGUCAUCUAUCUAGUAGACCAACAUAUCUAGGAGCUGGAAUUCGCUUCAGCUUAAUUGCAAAUUUUCCAGGAUUGUCAAAAGAUAUAGAAAAUAUGAAACAUUUAUGCGCUGUAAGAGGUCUGCAAUAUCGGGAAACUUUAGACCCAGACAUAGCUCGUAUCAGUAACUACCAAUGUUUAAGUGUCACAGAAAUAAGCUGCUUCAACGACUUCGUAACGGCAGCUUCCAAUUUGUUACACUUAGAAAAAGAUUUGUCGAUGCAGAACUCGGCUCAUAUCGCUACGAUGCUUACAAACAUUUUCAAGAGGAAGAGAAGCAGUUUAUCUGAUUUAGAUAAUCCUGAGCAGCACUAAAGAUUUUCAGCAAAUAUAUAUUUUAAAGUAUUCACUAUUUUAGUAGUAACACAUAAUACGCACGUUUUAAUUAUCCAAUGUUGGAAAGAUGUUAUAGGUGCAGAAUUUAGCACCUUUGGCUGUGGUACCAACUUUGAUUUUUGCGAUCUCCUGAAAGUUCUUAG